CCUUCUAAACAUCGAAAAAUAAAAUCACUUUGCUAUUUCAAUAUUAUGGCAAUGGCCAAUGUUUACGGUUAUCAUUAUGAAAGCUAUCGAAAUUCUAUGGUUAUAGCACAUCGUCUGUCCAUAUAUGUUCCCAAUAUAUUUCUACCAACCAAAAAUCCACAAAAGCUCAUAAUGGAUUUAAACUUACAUUUGACCAUAUUUCGGGACAUGCUGAUCCAUGUUGGCCAAUCAAAAGAUAAUCCUGAAUUACGUGAAAGAAUUCGAAAAUAUCGUCAUAUAUGUUUGGAAGAAUCCAAACAUGCCAAUGAAGUAAUAGUUGAUUUGAUGAAAAGCUCUACCGAGGAUGUGGAUACUUCACAUGCCGUACUACUUUGCCAAUUACUGGAAUUAUUUUCCAACGAACUAUAUAAGUGUUAUCGUCUCAUACAAAUUAUACCCAUGGACAUGAGUAAGUUGUAUGAAAAUCGCUCUAGGCCGACAAAUUUUGGUAAUGUGCUGGGUCAGUUACUUUUAUGCAAGCAAAUAGCUCCAGAUUUUAAUCAAGAGGAGUUAUCCAGUAUCACCAAUGCCAUAGAAGAUAUUAAGAUGUUAACAAAAGAUUUACAAAAGUAUGAACCAGCAACAGAUGGCCAAGGCAAUGGGGAUUUGAUGGAUCCCCACAAAUCAUUGCAGUACUUAAUACGAAAUGAUCGGAGGCCUAGUAAACGCAAUUGCUUGCUUUGUUGUGGAUCGAGUCCAAAAUAUGUUUGAUUAUAUACAACAAACUAAUUGGGCAGGGUAUAUAAUCUGCUCUGAAGUCGUCAUCGCCUUGAUGAACGUAGCGUAGAAAAUUGUUUUGAAAAUCCGAGAUUAUAGAUCAUAGUUUGUUAAGCCCCUUAGCGAAACUUAU